AUGGCUUCGGACACACCCUGCGGAGGAGAAGCGAGUAGCGGUCUGAGCAUGACGCUGUUGGUGGACACGAAGGCGCAGCGCGUGCUGUACGCCGAGGCCCGCAAGAACGUCGUCGACUUCCUCUUCUCCCUCCUCGGGCUGCCGGUCGCCACGGCCGUCAAGCUGCUCGGGAAGGGCUCCAUGGUCGGCAGCGUCGGCAACCUCUACGCCAGCUUCGAGCAGCUCGACGACACCUACGUCCAGGCCGACGUCGCCAAGGACGCGCUGCUCAGCCCCGCCGUGCUCUCGCCGGCGGCCAGCUCCAACAGCUCCGUCUUCCGCUUGCCGGCUCCUCCGUCCUCUGCGCAGCCAAAGAGCUUCUUCAGAUGCAACAGCUACAACUGUAACAACUCCAGCAGCUGCAGGACCUACGUGACGGAAGCCAGCGGCACCAGGUGUCCUAACUGCCAAAACGAGAUGAAAACGGCGUGCGGCUAUGUCGCAGGCGCCCCGGAGCAGGGCACGCAGAACGUUGCCGGAGCGGUGGGAGGAGGAGGAGGGUCGUCGAAGGGUUUCGUGCAGGGCGUGGUGACGUACACGGUGAUGGACGAUCUGACGGUGUCGCCCAUGUCGUCCAUCUCCAGCAUCACGCUGCUCAACAGGUUCGCGGUGAAGGACCUGGGCGCGCUCAAGGAGAAGACCGUGCAGCUCGGCUACACUGAGGGUCUGGCGAUUCUCAAGGCUUCGCUGCAAUCCAAGACUGUCCUCACUGACGUUUUCAUCGGCCUGAAACCUGCUUGCUAG